AUGGCGCACCAACAUGCACAUGCACAUAUCGUGCGCCGACAACGCUUUCAGGAGGAUCCCGACGAAGACUCGGACGACUCCAGGUCGUCCAUGCCGUCCAAUGAUGAUAGCACCCGUCUCUACACGCUGAUUCCACCUGUCGUACGCUCACGCCCACCUCCCAGCUUAUCGAGCGCAACCACCAAGACCAAGGAGAACGAGGAUGAACGGCCCACCAGAGCGCCCACAAGUACCAAGCAUGGCGUAUCAACAUCAAGGGCGAGGAAACCCUCAUCUACGACCUAUGAACGCAUCUCUACAACAAGCACCGACAGUGAUGCAGAGGAGACGGAGCCAACCUCUCUCAAGCAGGCGUCUGCCACGGAUUCUAUCAUGGUUGCAACCCAAGUGCCGAUACCUAGUGCCGCCUCUACCGCAACUGCAGGUAUCGCGUCUGUCACUGCCGCUGUAUCUGCUACUGCCUCUGCAGCAGCUGAUGCCGCGGAAGAGGGCAUGUCUGGAGGUGCAAAAGCUGGACUUGCUUUGGGGCUUUUGGUUGCAUUCUGCGCCAUACUCACCGGCAUCCUUCUCCUCUACCGUCGCAGGAAGAAGCAAAUGGCCGCUGCUCAGGCUGGGAACGAAAAGAUUGACCUCAACAAGGCUGUUCCCCCGCCACCUCAGAUUCACGUCGCGUCUGCGCCCAGCAUCCGCACUAAUCGCACAGCGUCCACGGCGCCACGUCUGAGUUUGCGCCCUGUCACUCAAUUCGACCCGACCUUCAACGACCAGAGCAAGAGCGGAGGCAACCUCAAUAUUGCAGCCGCUGGGGGUGUUACCGCUCAAGCACACCACCGCGGUCCAUCGGACGAACGUCCUACCAGCUCCUGGGAACGUCCAGGGGCCUCCAAUGCUCCCUCUGCCAACCCAUUCAACGACCCUGAAUCUCGCUCUGGGCCGCCUUCUGCGAAUCCUUUCGGUAAUAGCGCCGCUGUCGAUGCUAGCCAUACCAGUAUCCCUGACUCGCCGCCGAAUCAGUCGCCAUUGCAAUCUACAUUGCAAUCUACACAAUCGAGCAAGGACUUUGCCAAUCCAGGUCUUGCGAUUGCUACCGCAGAGUUGAGCGCAGGACCAGCGUCUUCGCCACCAAACGAGCUCCCUGUCCCACCUCCAAAACCUGGCAAUGGAUCGACUGCCCCGCCAAACCCAGCCUGGACCGAAGACUUGCCUGCGUCACCUGGACCAGCCCCAACUGGCGCUCUCCCUGUCGCAGGCGUCAUGGCUGGCGGUCGUCCUCAGAGCCCCGGCCCUGGUCCCGACAAUGUCCACCGUGUGCAGCUUGACUUUACGCCUUCGAUGCAAGAUGAACUUGACCUCCGCGCUGGUCAACUGGUCCGCAUGCUCCAUGAGUAUGAUGAUGGCUGGGCUCUCUGUAUUCGCUUAGACCGCUCGCAACAGGGUGUAGUCCCACGAACCUGCCUUUCCAAGUACCCUGUCAAACCCCGCACCGGUCCUCCUCGUCAAGGUUCUCCACCAGGUAUGCGCGGUCCACCCAUGCGCUCACCAAUGGGUCCUGGCGGUGUUCCUCAACCCCGUCCCCUGUCUCCAGGCAGCGGCCGUAACUCGCCCCAUCCACCCAGUGGACGCAACUCUCCAGGACCCCGUCAGAUGCAAAUGCAAAACCAGAUGCCAGCCCAGCACUUUGCGCAACAGGGCCCUCGCGGACGAUCCAACAGCAAUUCGCCGAAUCCACAGUUUAGUCAGCCUCGCCAGCGCUCCAACAGCAAUGGCCCGAUGGCGCCACCGCCGCAGAUGGAUGGUCGACCGAGGAGUAACUCUGCGAGCGAGGUUGGUGCAAGGAGGGGGCCGGCGCCAGGCAUGAGCCCGAUGAAUCCAAACGCAGGAAAUCCUAAUUCGCCACCGGUUGUGAAUCGCAAGCCGGUGCCUGGUAUGGCCAUUUAA